AGAAGUUCGGGCCGCCCCACCUUGUUGGUUCCCAGAUCAGCCCCUGCUGAGUGGGAGGGGUGCUCGGAGUGAACUCUUGAACCUGUGGAUUCGCUUGGUCAAAAAUAUCACGUGACAACAACUUGGGAAAACCCCAACAUGGCGGAGAAAAAGGCUAGACCACGGCUAGUCAAUUUGACUGAAAGUGAGAAAAAACGUCGGAGAGUGGAACAAAGAAGAAGAUCGGACGCUGCUAUAAUACACCUAGGCGAGUCGUUUAAUAAAUGGUGCGAAAUUCGUGACAAGUUGGACCUCAAAAACGCCGAAUUAGCAAAACUUUUGUUGAAAGUCUACUGUGAAUCAGAGAAGAAAAUAGUCAAAUCAAGACAGACAUCAGACACUUCUUCAAGUGACCAAAUAUCAGUAAGCUCAGGGAGUUAUGAAGCACAGAAAUCAGAGAAACAUACUGCAAGAUUUAACAACCGUAACUACAUUUCUUCAGCCCUGAGAAAAGACACAAAAUAUGCAGACAUGAUUUUUAUCAUUAAAGAUGGUGCUGAAGUAACUGCUCACAAAACAAUACUUUCUCUUUUUAGUGAAGCAUUGCAAGAGAAUGAAGUUAGAAAGUGUUUUAAUCCAAUACUCAGUGAUGCAACACAAUGUGGUCUCGAUGGUUUCCUUGAUUUAAUAUAUGGCCUUGGAGUGACACUUUCACAUGAAAACUU